GCCAAGAAAUGUUUGGUUACAAACAUUCUUCCAACUAUCUUCCUUCACAUCUUCUCUAAUGGAAUGUUGUAAUAAUCCUCUAUCAAUUGUUUUGGCAUGCGACCUAGACACCAUAUUUUAACAAAAGAUAAACGCAAUAUUUUUGGUCCACAGUUAAUAUUAAACCCCCAAAAACGGGUGUUCAUAUUAUUUUGUCCAACACUUGAAUAAAUAUAUACUGUAUAUAUGUCAGUACAAACCAAUUCUGCUAACAAAAUGCUGGCACCAUGAUUUGAUUAAGAAAUUAGAUUGCCUUCACAUAUUUAAAUACGCUCUACUGUGCACCUGACGUUUUCCUAGGUAAUUGAUACAAAUACAAACAAGGCUUAGGUUUAGAGGCAUGCGCCUGUGUGUUGGUGCAUCUCUGUGUUUUCAUAACCCCUAUGCUCUCCGGUUACCUGCAUGUACCGAGUUGUCUGGGCGGGUCUUUGUGGCUAGAGAAGGUAAAGCCUGCUAAAACAAAAAAGGUGAUACACUCAUCUGCUACCCUUAUUGGCUUACACAUCCCCAAAGAACGAAUAAGGACUAUUGUGAGAUCUCCCUCACCUGAAAGAUUCUACAGCAAACACGCAUCUUAUCAGAAGGCAUUUUAAAAAACAUCAAAUCAUAAAAGAAACUACUGAGAAGAAGCUUCCUCUUGCCAUCUCAUGAUCACUGGCUUUGGCUUGAAACCUUUCUCAGCUACCAUCUGGAUCUCUUCAUAGGAUUUCAGCGUCUUUCUAUUUCCAACUUUUGCAACCCAACUCAGAUUGGACAUUCCACCAUUCUUGGUCCGAUCAUGUCAAUAGGCUUUUCUCCAGAGCAGGUGGCGUGUGUAUGUGAAGUUCUUCUCCAGAGUGGAAGUAUGGACCGCUUAACCUCAUUCUUGUGCUCGCUGCCUCCCGCAUCCUCCUCCAUGUAUCUGGGUAUGCCGCAGUGCCAGGAGAGCAUGCUGAAGGCGCGGGCCGCUGUCGCCUUCCACCACUGCCGUUUCGCAGAGGUGUACGCCUUGCUGGAGGGGAACACGUUUUCCCCUCGCAGUCACCCUCUCCUCCAGCAGCUCUGGCUCCGGGCGCACUACAUGGAGGCUGAAAUACAUCGGGGCCGCCCUCUUGGUGCUGUGGGAAAGUACCGCAUCCGACGUAAAUUCCCUCUUCCUCGUACAAUCUGGGAUGGAGAGGAGACCAGCUAUUGCUUCAAGGAGAAGUCCCGAACUGUGCUGAGAGAGUGGUACUGCAGAAAGCCAUACCCUUCACCACGAGAGAAACGGGAUUUAGCAGCAGCCACUGGUCUCACUGCUACACAAGUCAGCAACUGGUUUAAGAACCGCCGUCAGAGGGACAGAGCUGCAACUAGCCAUCAAGGCAGAACAACAACAGAAGCGUUUUUGAGCUCUGAAGAGGAAUUUUCUCCACCAGCAAGCCCAAGCACAUUGUUCUCCUGCUCCCAGCAACUGUCUUCCCACCCGCCCCCUCUACGCCACCUGGGACCAACACAAUUCUAGGAUCCAUUAAACACGUUGCAUGUCAAAGCAAUAGUUCUAUUAAAAACAAU